AUGAUGACGAUGGAACGAACCUCAUUGGCUAAUACAAUUGAAUCUCUUCUCGAUCAUCGUAGUGAUGUUAGUGAUGCGAACAGUGUUGAUUCAGCGUUUAGUAUUGAAAAUGGGGUUGUUACAACACCGGAGCCCAUCGAACAUUCAACAUCAUCUGCAACAUUACUGAAUGAAUUACAAAGAGUUAAGGAAGAUCUUAAAAGUAAAGAUAUUGAAAUACAACGAGCUCAUGAAAUACGUGAAAAUACAGAUCGAGAAAUUGAAGAUCUUACGGCAUCUCUAUUUGAAUCUGCUCAUUCCAUGGUUGAACAAGCAAAAUAUGCUCAAGCUAAUGCUGAACAAAAACUUAAAACUGCAAAUCAAACAGUCGACGCUCUUGUUCUUGAAAAUACUCAACUAAAGAAAAGUGUUAGUGAACUAAAAGAAAUCAUAAAUAAUUGUCGUUCAUCAUUAAUACCAAAUCGUUCGUCACCAGUAACAUCCGUUCUAUCAUCAACGGAACAACAACCAGAAUCAAGUAUUCGUCGAAUAGUACGAGAAAAACUUCACAAACGUUCAUCAUCAGAUCUACAACAAUCAUUAUCAUCAAUUGAUAUAUCAACAAAAAUGGAUACUAAUGUUAAUGAUUCGCCUAUGGUUGAUACUGUUUUAUUAAGAGAAUUUGCACGUUGGGAAGAAAAACCCUUGAUAGGAUGUGAUUCGUCUGCAUUUAUGCAUCGAAUUUAUAGUGAAGAUAUUUUACCAUGUUUAACAUUCCCGAAUGCUGAUCUUUCAUCAAGAAUUCUUACAGCCAUUGAACAGAACGAUGUAACUAUGGAAACAUGUCAUAUGAGAACAAUAGAUGAAAAUAUGAAAAUUUGCUCAUUGAUGGGCGAUCUUUGCCAAUGUAAUUAUCGUGUUCGAUUAGGUGAAAACGGUGAAUGGUAUCCCAUAUCACGUUUAUCAAGAAAUCGAAUUGCUUCUGUUUGUGAUUUUUUUACUUUCAUUCGUCAUGUUCAAUCGGGACUUGUCAAAAGUGAUACACGAAAUCGUUAUAACAAAAUCAUUGAGCUUCGAAAACAAAUGGCUUUUGCACGUCUUGGUUUAUGA